AUGGCACCUUUGGAAAUUUUCAUCUUUGGUGAUCAAACCGUGGCAUUUGAGCCUACGUUGCACCAGCUACUACAUGUCAAGGACGACGUAUUGUUGACAGACUUCUUUGAUCGAGUCGGUUUUCAAUUGAGACGUCAUGUUUCCAGCCUUCCAUCCCACCAGCAGGCCUGGUUCCCUCUUUUCACUACGUUGCUCGACCUCUUUUUCGAGCAUGAGAGAGCAUAUGCUGCCCCGGCGCUGAAACACUUUGUGCAGACCGCUCAAUCAUACCCAACUGCCGCAAGCACUUAUCUGGUUGGUGCUUGCACGGGGUCUUUUACCGCAGCUGCGAUUAGCACUUCGCAGAACUUACCAGAACUUCUUCCGGCGGCCGUGGAAACCGUUCUGAUGUCCUUGAAACUCGGGCUUCGUUCUCUCGUCGUGCGUCAUGACAUCGAGGCUUCUGUUCCUGGCGAACCCAAGUCAUGGUCAGCUCUGGUGGAUGUCCAAAUGAACGAGGCGGCUGAGAACAUUGCAGCAUUCAAUGCGGAAAAGUCACUUCCCCCCGUCUCUCAACUAUACAUCAGCUCUAUGAGCCACUCCAGCGUGUCAAUCAGCGGACCCCCAAGGCUCCUGACUCUAUUCCUAUCGUCUUGUGAAUGGAGACAUUUGUUCCUGCCAAUUGAGCUUCCCUACCAUGCACCUCACCUAUUCCAAUCGGAUCUGGAGGACGUUGUUGGGGAGUUCCAUGAUCAAGCUCUACAAGAUUACAAACAACGGAUGAAAAUCAUAUCAAUUUCCUCGGGUAAUAUCCUCGAAUCGUGCGAUUUUAGGGGUCUAUUACAGGAAGCAGCUCUGGACGCGUUGACCAAGCCUAUGCGCUGGGACCCUGUGGUGUCAUCUCUUACCGGCUGCACUAUCCAUCAGGUUUCAUCUAUGAGUGGCCCAUUCAUCUCGUCUGGGCUAUCGGAAUUCCUGGAUGUAAAGGUCAACCACAUUGACACCAUUAGGAAGGAGACAUUGCCUAACACUGGAUUCAAUACAACUGGAAAAUCUUCCCAAUCAAACAUAGCUAUCAUUGGCUAUUCAGGCAGAUAUCCUGACUCAGCUUCCAACGAAGAAUUCUGGGAUUUGAUACUCGCAGGCCGAGACGUGCAUCGUACAAUCCCGGAAGACAGAUUCGACUGGGAAACCCAUUACGAUCCUACUGGCAAGCGAAAGAACACCAGCCGUGUGAAGUAUGGAUGUUUCAUCAAGGAGCCAGGAGUGUUCGAUGCGCCCUUCUUCAAUAUGUCUCCACGGGAGUCCGAGAAUGCAGACCCUGCGCAGCGGUUGACCAUCACCUCUGCAUACGAAGCUAUCGAGAUGGCCGGACUCGUCCCAAAUAACACACCGUCUACCCAACAGGACCGUAUUGGGGUUUUCUAUGGCAUGACAAGUGAUGAUUGGCGAGAAGUCCAUAGUGGGCAGGAGAUUGAUACGUACUAUAUCCCAGGAGGGAACCGUGCUUUCCUACCAGGUCGCAUCAGCUACUUCUUUCGAUUCUGCGGGCCCAGUUUAUGUAUCGACACGGCUUGCUCGUCUAGUCUUGCAGCUAUUGAAACUGCUUGCACAUACUUGUGGCGUGGUGAAUGCGAUACGGCUUUGGCUGGAGGUGUCAAUAUCUUGACGAGCCCGGACAGUUUUUCUGGAUUGGACCGAGGCCAUUUUCUGACUCAAAAAGGAAACUGCAAUGCUUUCGACGAGGAGGCUGAUGGAUACUGUCGGUCUGAUGGCGUGGGAACUGAUGCCAUCGAAGACAACGAUAUAAUCCAUGGUGUUAUUCGUGGCGCGCUCACGAACCACUGUGGUCGGACAGAUUCCAUCACCCGCCCCUUCGACGGUGAUCAAGCGAGCCUAUUCAACAACGUCAUGCGAAGCAUUGGGAUUGAUCCUCUUGAUGUGACCUAUGUUGAGAUGCAUGGCACAGGCACCCAGGCAGGUGAUGCUGCGGAGAUGAAGUCAGAACUAUCUGUAUUCGGGCCUGGUCAGCGGCAGAGAAAGAAUCCUCUUCACCUCGGCACUGUCAAGGCUAAUAUCGGACACGCCGAGUCAGCUUCCGGAGUCUCGUCGCUGGUCAAGGUGUUGAUGAUGAUGAGGUAUAGCACGAUUCCACCACACUGCGGCAUUAAGACCAGGGUUAACCAUACCUGCCCGACAAAUAUGGCUGAUAUGAAUGUGCACAUUCCCUUGAAACCUGUGUCCUGGAACAGGGAAGACGUGCCUCGAGGAAAACGUAUCGCGUUCCUAAACAAUUUCAGCGCGGCUGGGGGUAAUACAGCCCUGCUUCUCGAAGAUGCCCCUCUAGGCCAUGGACCACAACCAACACAAAAAGACCGGCGUACAGGCUUUCCAGUGGCUGUGACGGCGAAGAGUAGCAAGUCUCUUAAGAUGAAUAUCGAGGGACUCAUUGCCUACAUCAGGGAGAAUCCGGAGGUCUCACUUUGUUCCUUGUCGUACACCACCACUGCGCGAAGAAUACACCACGGAUACCGGAUUAUCGUCUCUGGAUCAGAUGUGAAUUCCAUCAGGACCGACCUGGAAAAUACCAUUUCAAGUAUCGAUAACCACAGGCCAAUCCCCACAGCAGCAAAAUUACCCAAGAUCACAAUGGCAUUCACCGGACAGGGCACUGUGUACCAAGGAAUUGGCAAGCAAUUGUUCGACUCUGUCCCUUCGUUCAAAGAGGAUGUCCUACGGUUUAACAAAAUCGUUGAGCGACAUGGGUUCCCAAGCUUUCUGCACCUUGUGAACGAUGCCACAGACAGCGCUGAAGAUAAUCCACCAAUUGUCACACAACUCGGUCUUGUUUGCACCCAGAUGGCACUACACGGUCUGUGGAAGCGCCUCGGAGUCUUCCCAGCGGCCACCGUUGGCCACAGUCUCGGGGAGUAUCCGGCAUUGUAUGCCGCUGGCGUCCUAACAGCCGCAGACGUGAUCUACCUUGUCGGAACACGGGCUCGAUUGCUCUCCGAAAAGGCCGUCCUUGGAGCCUAUGGUAUGCUUGCCGUUAAGCAACCCAUCGACAUUAUCUUUCCCGAGCUCUCUAGCACUUCCUGUACUGUGGCCUGUCGCAACCAGCCCUCAAGCAACGUUAUCAGCGGCCCAACCGAGCAAUUGGCGCAGUUGAAGUCCCGGUUAGCGGACAAGGGCAUUGAUAGUAUUCCUCUGGAAAUUCCAUAUGCCUUUCACUCAGCUCAAGUUGAUCCAAUCUUGGAGGAUUUUAAGAAGACCGCAGAUGGGGUUCGUUUUAACGCUCCCUCAGCAGACACGGGAUCUAUUGAUACCCCGUAUCUCAUCAGUGCGUGCCGCCAACCCGUUAACUUCCAGGCUGCAAUUGAAGCAGCUUCAGCUGGGGGCGUUGUUAAAGAAAACACGCUGUGGCUGGAGAUAGGAUCUCAUCCUGCUUGCUCGAGCAUGAUUAAGGGGAUCCUUGGCCGCGAGAGGGUCACGCUUGCUUCGCUACGGAAAAACACAGAUGCCUGGUUGACGCUCACGGCCGGUUUGGAGAUUUUGUAUAAGCAAGGUAUUGAUAUCGACUGGUACGAGUAUCACAAAGGACUGUCCGAUCUGCCCAAGCCAGAGAUGUUACUGCUGCCGCGGUAUGCUUGGAGCCUGAAGAAUUACUGGAUCCCUUACAGGAACAACUUCUGCCUGAGCAAAGGCGAUCUCAUCCAGGGUGUCAAAGUCGAGAAUUCUUCUUAUGUACCACAAUAUCUUUCUCCUUCCGUCCAGAAAGUGUUGGAAGAGAAUCACAAUUCGGAAGUGUCGACCUUCCUGGCUGAGUCGGAUAUCCAUGAUGAACGGCUGGCCGCCAUUUUUGAAGGGCACGUUGUCAACAAUGCACUUAUUUGUCCUUCUUCUCUGUACGCCGAAGUUGCGUUCACGACAGCCAAGUACAUGAUGCGGAAAGUUGACAAGGAUACCGAGGCUACCGGCCUAGAUGUAUCCGACAUGACAGCACCAAAUCCGCUGCUAUAUUGUGUAUCAGCGUCCGCAGACUGGCAUAACAACAUCAUCUCGUUCCAGAUUUUCAGUGUCAAUAGCCAAGGCCAAAAGACCGUGGCACACGCCAACUUCGUGGUCCAACUCACAGAAAAGCAAGCUUGGGUGGACGAAUUCAAGCGCAACAGCUACCUCGUCCAAAGCCGGAUUACCCCCCUUCAUGCUACUGCUGAUGACAGCGCCGGCAGCGCGAACAAGCUCAAGCGACGCAUCGUCUACCAACUCUUCUCUGCCAUUGUUAAUUACGGUGGUAGCUUCCAGGGCAUGCAAGAGGUUAUUCUGGACAACGAGAACCACGAAGCUACGGCGCGGGUUUCCUUCCAGGUUGACGACAACGGGUUCACAUUCAACCCGUGUUGGAUCGACAGUCUUGGACAUGUCGCCAGUUUUAUCAUGAACGGUAGCGAUGCUAGUCCGUUCAAGAAGGGGGUAUUUAUUAACACUGGCUGGGAGCAUAUGCGGUGUGCUGGUGAUUUCGUCAAGGGAAAGGAGUAUCAAGUCCACAACCGCAUGCAGUUUCAGACUGGGAAUACUUAUGUUGGCGAUACGUACAUCCUGGAAGACCAGAAGGUUGUGGCGAUAUAUGAAGGCGUUAGGUUCCAAGGCAUUCCCCGACAGGUUCUUGACCGGUUGCCGCAUCAGCGAGUCAGCAGCCAGACUCUAACUCCACAGGAGGUCACUGUCCAAAAGCAGAAGCCCCGUCCUGUUCUCAAGCAGGUACCGAAGAAGGUAACAGCAGGGCCGUCCAUUGGCUCCCGGGUGAUGAACAUCAUCGCAAAGGAGGCUGGUGUGGACUUAGCAGACAUUGGUCCUCAUGAUGAUUUUGUCAACCACGGCAUUGACUCACUUUUGUCUUUGACAAUAUGCAACAAAGUCCGGGAUGAGCUGGGUAUUGACGUGCCAUCAGCACUUUUCCUGGACUAUCCCACCCCCAAGGAGCUUAUUGCCUUUUUUGGAUCAGCAGAACAGGAAGGGAGUUCCUCAGGUCUAGACACGCCCACGGAGAGUGAGAGCAGCAAUGACGACUCCGGAUACAGGACUGAUUCAACCAAUACCGAAACAGAGGACUCGGUCAUCGAUGUUAUCCGCACGACUAUUGCCAAUGAAACCGGUGUCCCUGUUGAUCUGUCAACGGGCAUUUUCAUGGAAAACGACAAUCUCGAGGCUCUCGGCAAGUCUCUCGGUAUAUCCCAGACUCCAAAGCAAAAGCCAGAGCCAAAGAAACAGCAAGCCCCUGUCGUUGCUCCCCCUCCCGUCCAGCCUCCAAAACCUAGCCAGAAGCUGGAAUCUGGCCCACAUGCCACCUCAAACCUACUUUGGAGAAAUCCCCAGACGGCAGGCAAGAUCGUCUUUUUUUUCCCAGCCGGCUCAGGCUCAUCCUCCUCCUACGCCCCUCUACCAAAACUAGAGUCCGGCACAGCCGCAUAUGGACUCAAUUGUCCCUGGAUGAAGACACCCUGGGAUAUGCCCAGCACACUAGCACAAAUGGUCAGCAAGUACGUGGACGAAAUCCGUCGCCGCCAGCCAGUUGGACCAUACUACCUCGGCGGCUGAGAUGGGUCCUGAUGCUCCCCGUGAGAUGGUUUGGUUGGUGAAUAACCGGACGGAUUUCAGCGGUGAGGGGUGGGCGUCUUUGGUCAGCCAGGAAGAGAUACGGAUUACAGUGUUGAGCGAUGUAAAUCACUUCUCGAUCAUCGCUCCUGGUCCGCAUAUGGAUGGCAUUGCCGCUUUUCUUCAACGGGCUUUGUUUUAAGGUGCUUGUCAUCUUUUUAGCAGCUAUCUGUCCAUAUAUAUAUUGGUUGUGAUUCUGCUAUAUAUCGAUUAAAAAUGAACGUUAACAAGUUAGCUGUACACAAACUGCAUUGGACUGCCUCCCAUUAUUUUGGUCUUCCCACUACCUUAACCACAAUAGUA